AAGGCCCGGUCUUUUUCGUCAGCCUCGUGCUCACAUGCAAGGCUGAUAAUUAACAACUUCUCAAAUUUUGGGGCUGCCGUCUAUCAGGAAUUGAAAGAAACAAACGAUCAGGCGCUACCGAGACGAAAGGCACGACCGUCAUUCUGGAGGUUGUGAACAGAUUGGGAAGACGCUGGAAAUCUCCAGGUGGCCGCUUUCUGAUCAGAGCCUACGUCACAAUGGGUUCCAGUGCUCUUCCUUCUGGCGAUGCGACCACGAUGGGGAAGCCCAAGCUGCACGGACGGGCUUUCUACAAGAGCAUCGGCAGUCCCAAGUUCAUAGUCGCUCCUAUGGUUGAUCAGUCCGAGUUUGCCUGGCGAAUGCUCACGCGAUCCUUCCUGACGCCCUCCGAGAACAAGAAAGUCCUCGCUUAUACGCCCAUGUUCCACGCUCGCCUCUUCCAAGAGGCGGACAAUCCUAAAUAUCGAGACUCCCACUUUCAAGCUACCAAUGCUUCCCGCGCCCCCAAAAGAAGCAAGUCGCCCAAUCGUGCCAAUGAACCAGAAAUAGCGUCGGAUUCGACACCGUGGCUAGACGGCAAUCCUUCCUUCGACCGCCCCCUCUUUGUGCAGUUCUGCGCAAACGAUCCGACGCACCUCCUUGCCGCUGCGCAACUCGCCGCGCCAUAUUGUGAUGCCAUAGACUUGAAUCUCGGUUGUCCGCAGGGUAUCGCUAAAAAGGGACACUAUGGCGCUUUUUUACAGGAGGACCAGGAGUUGGUCUAUAAUCUGAUCAACAACUUGCACAAGAACUUGUCCGUUCCUAUCACGGCCAAGAUUCGCAUCCUAGAGACGAAAGAGGAUACGCUCCAAUAUGCCAAGAACGUUCUCGACGCGGGAGCCAGCAUAAUUACAGUGCAUGGGCGCAGGAGAGAGCAGAAGGGGCAUUUGACUGGUGUGGCGGAUUGGUCUUAUAUACGCUUCUUAAGGGAAAAUCUGCCUAAGGACACAGUCAUAUUCGCCAACGGCAACGUGCUCCAGCAUGAAGAUCUCGAAAGGUGUCUGGAAGCCACCGGUGCCGACGCCGUCAUGACAGCCGAGGGCAAUCUAAGUGAUCCGGCUCUUUUCUCAAAAGCACCUGCAGAAGGUGAGGAAGGGCGCGAAUAUUGGAGGGGUCUUGACGGCAAGGGCGGUUUCAGAGUUGAUGCCGUGUUCAGACGGUACAUGGACAUCAUUCAUAAAUACGUGUUGCAGCACGACCCUCCUACGCGGAAACCCCUUUUCGUGGUCGGCGAUGACGAAAGCUGGCUGCGCAAAAAAUCGCAAGCGGAAGCAGAUGAGGAAGAGGGUCCGGCUCGGAAGAAGAGAAAGAAGGACUUUGCUGGCAAGCAGGGCAACAAGCCAGAGAGGACUUCAGAUCCUAAUCUGCUUGCUAUGCGGCCACAUCUCUUCCACCUGUUACGUCACUUCAUCUCUAGACAUACGGAUGUGCGUGACGCGUUGGCGAGGUGCCAUGCCGGCGAUAUUGCAACUAUGGAGACGGUGCUCGAGAUGGUCGAGCGACGGGUGGCGGAGGGGAUUAUUGAGUACAACAAGACGCAGGGGAAGAGCGUCGAGGAGCCUGAGAUCAAGGCUUCUGUUCCUACCGCAACAAGAGACUCGAAGCCAGCCGAUGAUACAAAGGUGGAGGGUGACGAGGCGGAUACCAUAUACGACCCCGAAAGCUCAGUAGCGACGGUUAAGGCGUGCAAGCGGCCUUGGUGGGUGGCUCAGCCCAUUGUCCGGCCGCUGCCUAAGGAGGCGCUGGCCAAGGGAGCGUUGAGCCUGAGUAAAAAGGAGAAGAAGAAGUUGGUAGCGAAGAUGGAGAAUGGUCCAACAAACCAGAUAGGUGGCAAAGUUAAGGAUGAGCUGCCCCGGGAUGAUGGCAAGGAGAGUGUCAAGGAGCCUAUUAUGAGCGAAAAGGCGAACGGGGUGACGACUGAGGAAUUAGUGUGUGGGUAGGUAGAAGUGAUACCAACAUCGAGUAAAAAACAAAAUUUCAAAUCCAG